AUGUUCUCCGACGAUGCACGUGAAUGGACACUUCACGUGAACGCAGCCGUGGACGGCGGAACGAUAUGCUCAGUGAAAGCCCUUCCAUCAGAGGAUUCCGUGGCUUCGCUGCGGCAGAAGGUUGUGGUCAAGCUGGGCUAUGUUGCUCGAUUCCGCUUACUUGCUGGCUGCUGUAUCCUCACUGGGGGGACGAGCCUCGAAGCAGCUGGUCUUUGUGACAAUUGCUCACUGCAGCUGAUCUGGCUGCCUUCCGACGUGCUUGCGACAGCUUCGACGGACACAACAGCUGCCUUCUGGAGCAUCGAGUCAGGAGAGCGCAUGCAGUUGUUCUCGGGCCACGAUGACCAGGUCAUGUGGCUUUGCUUUUCAACUGACGGACAACUGCUAGCGACGGCCUCCACAGAUCGCACUGCGAGAAUUUGGUGUGCAGACAGCGGCGAGUGCUUGGCCACGCUGCUCGGCCACAAGGGCCCCGUUUUCUCAGUAGCGUUCUCUCCUGACAGCCGCCUUGUGGCGACGUGCUCGCAUGACAAGCAGAUCAGAAUAUGGACGGUGCCGGACGGGCAUUGCAUCGACACCCUCAUGGGGCACAGCAAGCAGGUCUUCUCCGUGUCCUGGUCGCGUGAUGGCCGAACACUGGCAUCCGCGGCAGAUGAUGCGACAAUCCGGAUUUGGGACCAUGCUACGCGCACCUGCUCCAAGGAGGGGGUUUGGCUUGAGGGCUUACCUGUUUUCAGUUUCAGCCUGGUGGAAAAUGGUCUACAUUGGUUUGGUCCUUUCCAGGCUUCAGCAAGGACGUUGGAAUGA